CUGGCAACGUACGUGGCCUUCCACGUCUGGUAAAGAAAGGAACAAGCAGACAAGACAACCGUGCGGUGUGAAUUUUAAGGUGUGUCUGUAGUUCCGGUUGCUAUAAACAUGGCGUCGGCUUUGAUAAAGGAGAUCAGCGACGACUUCCUGACGUGCCAGAUCUGUGUGGAGAUCUUCAGGAAGCCGAAGAGUCUUGACUGUCUUCACUCCUUCUGUGAGGAAUGUCUUAAGGAGUACGUGAAGCCAGGUGAGACGGUGGUUAAGUGCCCGACCUGUCAGCGUGACACACCGCUCAAACAAAAUGGCGUCCCUGAACUGAAGGACAACUUUUUCAUUCUCAACCUCGUGGACACAAUCGGGGCGCGCAAGAAAGUCCAGCACUCCGUGGACAAGCUGCCGUGUGAGAGUUGUGCGGGGAAGGGAAAAGUUGUAUCCAGGUGUUUGACGUGUAAUGACUUUCUCUGUAAAUCAUGUGUCUCCGGGCACAAAACUAUGAGGGCGUUCAAAGGUCACCUUGUUGUGACGCUGGACGAACUGAGGUCUGGGAACUAUGACGGACAAACAGAGAGGAAGGAGCCGACUUGUGACACCCACCCUGGCGAGAAGAUGCGGUUCUACUGUAAAACACACAGCGUUACAGUCUGUCGCGACUGUACCGUCCUGGAUCAUCCCAAACCUGAACACAACGUCAUCAAUCUCACAGAAGCUGCAAAAGAAAUAAGAUCCUCCACCCAGCAAGCGCUAAAGAACUUAAAAGAAGUUUUGCACGAAACAGAAGAAGAGAUAGUGGCCACAGACAAAGCCAUCGUAGACAAUCAGACAGAAUGCAAGAAGGCCGAGCAGCUUGUUGAUGAAAAGGUCAGUGAUAUUGUCACGCAUGUAAUGAAGAUAGGAGAACAAUGCAAGGAAAAUGUGAAAGCUGACUAUGGGUGGGAGGAGAAACAGAAACGUGCUAAGAAAGAGGAGCUGGAACUGAAGAAAGUGCGCCUGACCAGUACAGCGGAGUUUAGAGAGAGUCUUCUGAAUCACGGCACGGAUAUUGAGUUGGCGACAGCAAAUAAACAAAUCAGGGAAUGCGAGGACGAACUU